AGUAAAUUUGAUUGUUCAUAAAGGAUAUUAAAUAAAGAAUCACAAAAUUAUAAACAUGAAAUAUAAAAUGUAUUGUAACAGUAGGUGUAGCUCAUCAAAUGGCUAAUGAAUGUGCUUUUCUGAGUGUGUGUGUGUGUGUGUGUGUGUGUGUGUGUGUGUGUGUGUGUGUGUGUGUGUUAGGGUCGGUGUUUGUUUGCCAGUGGGAGUCCGUUUGCUGCUGUAACUCUGGAUGAUGGCAGGAUGGUGAUUCUGGGACAGGGGAACAAUGCUUACAUAUUCCCAGGUGUGGCUCUGGCAGUAAUUCUGAGUGGUGUUAGACACAUCAGUGAUACGGUGUUCCUCGAGGCUGCAAAGAUCUUAGCAGAGCAGUUGACGGAUGAGGAACUGAAUCAGAAUCAGGGUCGUCUCUACCCUCCUCUUUCCAACAUUAGGGAGGUUUCUUUACAGAUGGCUGUGAGGAUAAGAUUUGUGUUUAUACACACAAUGUGGUGGAGUUUCUGUACAGUAAAGGAAUGGCAUUUCGGUACCCAGAGCCACUGGAUAAGGAGGCGUAUGUGAGAUCCAUUGUGUGGAACACGGAGUACGAUUCCUUCCUCCCAGACAUCUACGAACGGGCUGGAGUGUCCCAUAGUCCUAUAGUGGAGUAAUCAUACACCCUAUAGCAUACACCUGAAACAGUCACACCCUUCAUUUACAGCUGUGUAAUGUUUAACUAUCACACAUCCCCAUGGGGAGUGAUUCCUAAACUCCUUCUGCUAAUGUAAAUGUACAGUGUUGCUAUUAAUAAAACACUCCACGUGUG